AAAAGAAGAUGCCUUUACCUUUUGGGUUAAAAUUGAAACGAACUCGACGUUACACAGUAUCCAGCAAGAGUUGCUUGGUGGCUCGUAUCCAGCUGCUCAACAAUGAAUUUGUGGAGUUCACGCUGUCGGUGGAAAGCACGGGCCAGGAAAGUCUGGAAGCAGUGGCUCAGAGGCUUGAAUUGCGAGAGAUUACAUAUUUCAGUUUGUGGUAUUAUAAUAAGCAGAAUCAGCGCAGAUGGGUAGAUUUGGACAAGCCUCUGAAAAAGCAGCUGGACAAAUAUGCCUUGGAGCCAACUGUGUAUUUUGGAGUAGUGUUCUAUGUGCCUACUGUUUCUCAGCUUCAGCAGCAGGUAAGUAGGUAUCAGUAUUAUUUGCAAUUAAAGAAAGAUAUCUUGGAGGGCAACAUUCCUUGCACACUGGAACAAGCAAUACAUCUGGCUGGUUUAGCUGUUCAGGCUGAUUUUGGAGACUAUGAUCAGUAUGAAUCUCAGGAGUUUCUACAAAGAUUUGCUUUGUUUCCAGUGGGUUGGCUGCAAGAAGAAAAAAUAUUGGAAGAAGCGACACAGAAAGUUGCCUUGCUACAUCAGAAGUACAGAGGCCUUACUCCUCCUGACGCAGAAAUGUUAUAUAUGCAAGAAGUAGAGAGAAUGGAGGGCUAUGGUGAAGAGACCUAUCCUGCAAAGGACAGCCAAGGAAGUGACAUAUUCAUUGGAGCAUGUCUUGAUGGUAUCUUUGUGAAACACAAAAAUGGUCGUCCUCCUGUUGUAUUUAGGUGGCAUGAUAUUGCCAACAUGUCCCACAACAAAUCCUUUUUCGCAUUAGAGCUGGCAAACAAAGAAGAGACAAUCCAAUUCCAAACUGAAGAUAUGGAAACAGCAAAAUACGUGUGGAGGAUGUGUGUGGCUAGACACAAAUUUUACAGACUAAAUAAAUGCAGCCUACAAACCCAGCCUGUUACAGUGAAUCCUGUUAGAAGGCGGUCUUCGUCCAGGAUGUCUAUGGUAAGGAGAGCAAAUAAUAACCUCUUUGUGAGCAAUCAGAAUGGAUACUACUGUCACUCUCAGACUAGCUUGGACAGAGCCCCUCAUGACUACAGUGGUCGGAUACGCAAUGGUAGCGUCUAUAGUGCACAUAGCACAAACUCCCUGAACAAUCCACAGCAUUACUUGCAGCCGUCCCCUAUGUCCUCUAACCCAAGCAUUACUGGAAGUGAUGUCCUCAGAACCGACUAUGUCCCAUCGCACAGACAUAGUGCACUAAUACCACCUUCUUAUCGUCCCACGCCAGACUAUGAAACUGUGAUGAGACAGCUCAACAGGGGAAUGGUGCACACAGAUAGGCAGAGUCAUUCAAUGAGAAAUCUUAACAUCAGCAAUUCAUAUGCUUACAGCAGGCCUGAUGCCUUAGUUUACAGUCAACCUGAAAUACGAGAACAUGCUCACUUCACUUCCCCGCAAUCUAACCAUUAUCCAUUUAACCUGAACUACAGUUUUCAUAGCCAAUCCCCCUAUCCCUAUCCUGCUGCAAAGCGCCCAGUUGUCGCGGCAGCCAGGGGGCCUGAAAAGCGCCCAGUUGUUGGGGCAGUCAGUGUGCCCGAGUUGACAAAUGUGCAGCUCCAGGCUCAGGACUAUCCAGCACCAAAUAUAAUGAAGACCCAAGUCUAUCGACCACCUCCCCCAUACCCAUAUCCAAGACCUGCAAAUAGUACUCCAGACCUUUCACGACAUAUCUACAUUAGCAGCAGCAAUCCAGAUCUUAUCACAAGGCGAGUGCACCAUUCUGUCCAGACAUUUCAGGAAGACAGCCUGCCUGUGGCACAUUCUCUUCAGGAAGUCAGUGAACCUCUGACAUCGGCACGCCAUGCUCAGCUGCAGAAAAGGAACAGUAUUGAAAUAGCAGGCUUGACUCCCAGUUUUGAAGGAAUGAGAAUUAAAGAGAGGACCAUGUCAGCUUCUGCAGCAGAUGUGGCUCUUCCAAGAGUUAUCUCGGAAGGGUCACAGCCCAACAUUCUGAUGGAGAGAACAAAGCAAAAAGAAAGUGAGCAAGAAGAAGGUGUGAACUGUGAUCAUAAGAAAACCCUUUCAGAUGCCACUAUGCUGAUUCACAGUAGUGAGGAAGAAGAAUUUGAAGAAGAAAACAAGGCUAGUACAAGUCUUUCUCCUCUCCCUGAAGAUCAAACCCAACUUUCAUCCGUUAUGGGUGGUUAUUCUCAUGAUUCAGUACUGAACUACCCUUAUAGCUCUAUUGCUUCAUCUGCUGGCCCUUUGCAUAUUCUUGAGCCUAAAUUACAUAUUACAGAGACAGAAAAGAGAAUGAAAGAUAUGAGCCCCGUUCAUUUGCUAGUAGAGAGCCAGGUGCAGAGAAGAGGGGAAGGACUGCUUACUCCAUCUAUGUCGGAAUCUGAUCUUACAACAUCAGGGAGAUACAGAGUAAGGAAAGAUUCAGUAAAGAAGAGACCUGUGUCAGAUCUUUUGUCUGGGAAGAAGAAUAUUGUGGAAGGCCUUCCCCCCCUAGGUGGUAUGAAAAAGAAUAAAAAUGAUGCAAAAAAAAUAGGGCCUCUAAAGCUAGCUGCCCUAAAUGGACUAGCUUUGACUAGAAUGCCUCUGCCAGAUGAGGGGAAGGAAGAAUCAACAAGAGCAACAAAUGAUGAACGGUGUAAAGUUCUGGAACAACGGUUAGAGCAGGGGAUGGUGUUUACUGAAUAUGAGCGCAUUCAGAAAAAAAGACUUAUAGAUGGUGAGUGCUCAAUAGCUCGGCUUCCUGAAAAUGCUGAAAGAAACCGGUUCCAGGAUGUCCUUCCAUAUGAUGAUACCAGAGUAGAGCUAGUUCCAACCAAAGAAAAUAACACGGGUUACAUCAAUGCAUCUCAUAUCAAGAUCUCUGUUGGUGGCAUAGAGUGGGAUUACAUUGCUACGCAGGGCCCUUUGCAGAAUACAUGUCAGGAUUUCUGGCAGAUGAUCUGGGAACAAGGGAUUGCCAUCAUAGCUAUGGUGACGGCAGAGGAAGAAAGUGGGCGAGAAAAAAGCUUCAGAUAUUGGCCACGUCUUGGUUCAAGACACAACACUGUUACAUAUGGAAGAUUUAAGAUUACCACACGGUUCCGUACUGACUCAGGCUGCUAUGCAACUACGGGUUUGAAGAUUAAACAUCUUCUCACAGGACAGGAGAGAACAGUUUGGCAUCUGCAGUAUACUGACUGGCCAGAGCAUGGCUGUCCAGAGGAUUUAAAGGGAUUUCUCUCAUACUUGGAAGAGAUACAGUCAGUACGGCGCCAUACGAACAGCACUGCAGAUCCUAAAAACUCUAAUCCUCCUGUACUGGUACAUUGCAGUGCAGGUGUAGGACGAACAGGAGUGGUCAUACUGUCGGAGAUCAUGAUUGCUUGCUUGGAACACAAUGAGAUGCUGGACAUCCCACGAGUGCUGGACAUGUUGAGGCAGCAGAGAAUGAUGAUGGUGCAGACUCUUUCGCAGUACACUUUCGUCUAUGGAGUUCUCAUUCAGUUUCUCAAAAGUUCUAGACUUAUAUAACCCCUGUCACUUCCUAAGGGACACUGCAAGAGUUUACAGAAAGAAAAUUACAGUUGUCCAGGCAGACCUGCUCUCACUGGUGUUUUCUUCGUAUGAUGAAUCACACAGUUACCUUUUAGGGCUGGUAUG